AGAACAACGAGGAGGAGGAGGAAGAAGAGGAAGAAGAAGGAGAAGCACCCAUCAUCGCUGCUCUAGGCGAAGUUGUUCUACUUGUAGUAGUAGUAAGAUGAGCCUUCUGCGAUUGUCACGGAUCGAAUUAUUAUUAUUAUUAUAAUUAACAGAGCAUUAGCAUAAGCAGCAGGGUUGGUUAUUGAGUCACGGGAUUUUGCAGUGUGGUGCUGGUGGGCUGGAUAGGAGGAGUCACCGCUCUUGGGUUGUGUGAAGAUCGUGCGCCUCACCUCACUUCGCCAGGGAGAAGAACAACACCACCAAGUUGCACCAGUCAGGAAAAAAAAGGCUGCAUCGCCAGUGUAUUGCUGCUUUAUGUGCCGCUGUCAUGGUACAUGGCUUCUAAUUUAUCAUGUCCAGCCAGCGUGCUCUCUUCUAUCUGCUGAUUUGUUUUUAAAGUAAUUCACCCACUUUCAGGCGUUUGUAUGCUAGAAAAGUGACGCGCCAGAAGAAUUGCUGCUGCUGCUCUGAAGAGAUACUGUCCCUUCCUGCGUGGAAAGUAGAUCCAGACAUUGCACAGAGGAGCGUCGGUGCUGUGACGCGGUUUUAUGGUGGUUGUUGCUUUAGGGUAGAUGUGAAUCCGCAAGGGUUUGAGUGUGAGGUCUUUUGCGGAAGCUGGCAUGUUCUGGAGAGAUUUGGGUCGGAGUGGGUCUGAAAUUCUGGGUAGUGGCGAGUGCUGUAAUGGAACUGAUCUUGUUUAGGCCGUUCUUUCCAAAUUUGUAAAUUGCUAGAAUUAAGGUUUGAGGGAUGACCCUGACAAUAGUGUCGUGGUAGUUAGUAUUUCGGGGAAGGUCGGUGGAGCUCUGGUAGUUUCCACCUUCUAAGACAUGAUCUAGGUUUGUUACAAUGACGCUUCGUGGUGCCGUAGCAUGAACCUUUUCUUCGCAUUGUGAGGUUGCGGUUCAGCUUAAACGCAAAUCAGCUGUGACCUUAUCUCUGAAGUUCUAAGUGCGUCAACACGAUUAACGAAGGACUGGUCAUCUAUGCUGAGAGUCACGGGUGUUUGAUGUGCGGCAGAAUUCGAGGGGCAUACUGGGAGCAGUUGCGCAUACAUCUCCUCAACCCAAGAGUUCGUAGGAGGGAUUGAAUUGCGCUAUUUUUCCAUGGAAGCCAUGGAAGACAGAUGCAAAUUCAUCCGUAAAGGAUAGACAAUAUUUGGUUUAGGUUGCACGGUUAUUUCUAAAAUAUUCUACGUUACGUUCAUUUCCACCGUGUCUUAAUCUGGAAUCCUUCUCUGCUUUUUCACUCAACCUAUUCAACGACGCAGCUUUAUAUAGCAAUCGGUUUAGAAUAUAGGUUCCACUCAUAGUUCCUUCAACACUCAGUAGGAAGACGAAAUUUGGUACCCGGUUAGUUGGAUUUGAACCUAUAAUUCAAUCCUAAGAUGUUUCCUUCUUUACGUAUGUCUAAGCUAAACAAUGGAAUUUUUUUCAGAUUUCGUCUGCUUUACUUCUUUGAAUAAGAAUUCGUCAACGUUAAGUGCUGAUAGUGCUCUCUGUGUCAAGUUAGCAAAGUACACGUGUAAGAGGCUUUGAGUUCUUCUGAAACUUCAUCAGAACAGAAGCUGGAAGUACGAAAUCCCAGUUGUCAAUCGUGAAGAGUAUCCUUGUUGACUUCAGCAAAGGCCUAAGUGCUACCUCUUGCCCAUGUUCAGAAUAUAUCAUUCAUGUACCAUGUUAGAGCUAAGCUCUUUUUUCCAGUUUCUGAACCAUGUUUGUUAUUUCCUUCAGCAAUUCUUUACAAUGCACUAGCGUCACACAAGUACACUUAUCUUCACAUGCCAGCACCUUGACUGGUUGGGGCUUGAUCCUCCUACUCAUAGAGGUGUAGGCUGUAGUUGAAACGAAAGCAGGAUAGAGAAAAAAAAAAAAAAAAAAAAAGCACGGAGUGUCAAAGUGAUGGAAUACAAUCCUAGAAAACCAGGAUUAGGGAUCAACCAGGAUAGCAAAGAUCCACCAAGAGGCAUAAAAGAGGGAUCUAAGAGCGGCAGAGUUGCAGCAACACCUCUAGGGACACCCAGUAAAGACCAUGUACAUAGGAGUGGGAAUGCGUUGAAACGUAGUCAUGAUCAUGUGAAGAGUACAGGAAAAGAGCCUCCAAGAGUAAGUAAAGAUUAUGUAAAAUUGAAGGAACUGGACACAACUCCCCAGCUGAAAGCCAAGGUUAAUGUAGACAGGAAUUCAUCGAGUGAGAAUUUAGGUAGGACUCAAAUAGUGAGUGAGAAGGUGCGACCCAAAUUGAAAGAUGCCAUGGAGAGGGAUAUUUUGAACCAAAGUCUCAGGAGGACCAUAGGAGGGGAGAAACCCAAAGUGGUACAUAAAGUGAAAGAUGAGAAAGAGAUGGAGAUACUGAAGGGAAGCCUGAAGAGGACACACGACAUGAAGUUGCAGCAAAAGGUUAAAGAUAUUAGAGAGGGGGAUGUAUUGAACGAGAGUCACAGAAGGACCCUAGUCCUAGGUUCCGAUGUUUCGAAGGGGAGACACGAGAAACCAAGAGAGCCGUUGAAGUCUAGGAGUGUUGUAAGACCUGGUGAUGGAACGAGAAUGUCAACAGAUGCUGGAAUUGGGAAGGAAAUGAAGAAGGAUAGUUCUAGCGCCGAGGAUUCGUUGAAAGGAAAGAGUGUGGCAAGGCCAACCGUAAUGGAAGAUGUGAAGAAAAACAAGCUACCAAGUGACGGGAAGAGACCAGCGGAGGGUGGUAAGGGUGUGAAAGUGCGGAGUGCCACGAAGAUUAUUGAGCCGAUAAGGAGUGUUUCAAAAGUAGCUACGAGUACUGUCAAGUUGAUUACCACGUCUGCCAUCAAAGUAAAUCAGGAGAAACAGAAGAAGAAAUCAUUUUCUUUACCAGGUCAAAGAUUUGAACCUCCAGAGGAAAGGGAUGCGUUGACGUUGUUUUAUGGGUCACUUCAUAGACAGAUACCCACAAGUGAUAUGGCGAACAUUUGGUUGAUGGAACAUGGGCUGCUCGAGUCAGACGAGGCUCAGAAGGUCUUGACUCAAAAGGUGAAGUCCAAGGGCGGCGUGACCCACAAAGCCUCACCAUAUCAUGCACCAACACCAUCAAAAUUUGCAAAUGGCAGUGCGGGCAGAACUUCUAAAUUCCAAAACGAGAGUUUCCUCGACAUAAAGCCAGUCUCGAAAAAGCUAAAGCUUUGAGCAGCAACCAGAUCUUCGUAGGUAGGGAAAUUUGUUUACUCUUUCAGAAUUCAGUUAUAUCUUGGAAAAUAAUGUUUAGCAUGACAGUUAAGCAGUAGGAGAUUCAGUCCUUUGUGGGCAGCCAAUAAUAGAAGUAUUUGCUUACAAAAGCAAGUUGAACUGGUUGGAAUGGAGCUUGUGGCUCUGAAUUAAUUAGAAAAUUGACCCAGUUUUGUUUGUGCUCACCCUGACAUAAUAUCUGCUAAUUUCUCGCU